GUCAGCCGGGACCUGCAACAGGUCCUGGUCCAGACGGGAUCGAUACGGAGCCUGGGACAUGCGCACUACGCAUUGCAAACAUCAUGCGCUCUCUGAUACUGCUCUGCUUGUCAUUACUAUCGCCAGAGGGUGAUUGCGACUUACUCCGGGACAGUGUCCACGUGACAUCAGCAGCAGCCAGGCCCAACAAUGAGCUGUGGUGCUACAAGUGCCUGGCCGAGGUGCCUGACGACCGCUGCGCUGAUCUGCGGCACAACAACUCGGCGCUCAUACACAAGUGCCACAACGAUCGCAGGAUGUGCAUGGUGAAGCGUUUCUCCUUUACAACAUCAACGGAAAACUCAACGACGCUGCCCAAAAUGUGGGCCUUGGAGAGGAACUGCACCAAGCACUGCGAGCCAGGCUGCAUCGUCAUUGGAGAACGGACCAAGCUCUACGCGUGCACCUCUUGCUGCACAACGUCCCUCUGCAACUACGGAUCUGGCGCUAAACAAAUAGUCCUCGACCUCAUCAUUCUUGGAUUCGCACUAAUCAUCGCGUUAUGAUUCCACUAACCACUUAGUUUAGCUACACUUGUACCAGGCGGGAAAACGGAAACAAUCGGCAAUCUGAACUACUUAAUAAUGAUGUCCAAACCCUUCAAAUGAUAUCCCCAUAUUUAUUAUUGAAAUUUGUUUCAAAAUGACUAAUUAUGGACUAUUCUUGGCCCACUUAGACACGCAUAGGUCUCUUUUAAUUAGUAAAAAUGAGAAUUUAUUGUCCGCGAAGUAUCUUUGCUGACAGAGGAUUCACGUUUACAGAUUAAUUAAUUGAAUGGUGUCCCCGUCCCACUAAGCGGUUUUAAUCUACUUCGACCGACAUUAUGCUCACUGUCUCAGUAUUAUUAACUUAAAGUUAUUUUAAUGAUAUUCCUAUACAAAUAAAUAUUAUCUUAUAACUAAAUACAAUAUCAAAUAUUUACUCUUUAAAAGAAUAAAAAAAAAUUACUACAUCGUAGGAAUGAAAUAAAUCAGGAGAUUAUCGUCAAAGUCAUCUUCCAUUUAGGUUAGGCUGUUUAAAUAAAAUGCUUUUAGAUUAGUCUAGAUAAUAGGUAAGUUACCAAAAAACAAUCUCGAAUAAACGUAACUAAUAGAGCGAUUGCCUCAAUUUUAUCUAAGUAUUUCUUUUCUCAUUUCUCCUAGGUAGUCAAAAACUUAAUAGUCUAAGUCAGAAUAGUUGUAUUGUACUCGGCCUGGAAUUGUCUCACAGGUGGGCAUUUGGGCAAAGGCCUCUAUUUAUUUAGAUAGGGAAUAAACAUGAUCCUCAUUUCAAAAUUAAAUACCAGAAAUGAAAUUGGCCUUCGAACUAUCGACCAAACGUGACUUAGCAAGUAGAUAUGUUAAUUAAUAACCUUUCAACAGCUUUGUAACUCCGUAGCUAUGACAAACAUAAGUACUUACCAUGCUUAAGUAGAUGAAAAAUAGAGAAGGUCCCACUAGCUGUAGUCACAAACAUCCGAAUUAAAAAAAGUUUUCAUGACAAUCUGUCGUUACUUUGUUUUAAAAUAUAGAGACAGCGUGAAAAUUAUCACCAUAAAAAAAUGUUGUAACGGUUUUCAAUAAAACAAACUGCCCAAUACCAAAAUUACGUUCGCCACACAUAAAAUAUUGAUCUUCAAAAGUUCAAACCUUAUAAAAAGGUUAAAUAAUCAUAUCGUAUGUAAGAGAAUAUAAAUAUAUUUUGCUAUGUAUAGAUAUAUUGCCUUGAUAUAAAGGUUGUAAAUAAUGUGUGUUUCUGUGUAUUUUUGUUGAAUAGUUUUUAUCUUUGAAUGUAGGUACAGUCGUCCGGAAAAGACUUAACCGCAAACCACACAAUGUUAAAGAUAGUAUGUCAUCUAAGUACCUAUUGCAAUACAUGGGGAAGUAACUCUACCACUCAAUUUUGAUUAAAGAAUAUGUGAAGUUUUUAUAUUCUGCCACAGGUUGACACACUUUUAACACAUCAUUAUUUUAUGCUUGUGACUCUUUUUCCUAAUGACUGCACUGUGUUCUAUUAUUUCAUAAGUUGAUAGGUAGGGACAAUAUGAACGUCAUUAUAGUGAUAAAUUCUUAAUACAUUUUAAGACUUCCGACAAGCACAAAUACUAUCUUCUUACCUACUUGCGUCUGCAGCUAGUGGACUCGUUUCCCUAUAGACCUGCUUGUCUUAAGAAUAUCAGAGAAUAUUUGUCUUUCAUCCAAUUUAUGAAAAAAAUACUUAUUAAUAAAAUAUUCAAAGAAAAAAUAGAGUACACUUUGAGGUUGUAUUUUAAUUAUGUUGUUGAAAUAAUAAAGCUAUCUGGAGAUUAAUUUAUCGUUUUUUUAUCUUCACAACCAGCCUUGCACGAGGCUAAACUAAAGUGACUCCUUACAGACAUGUGUUUCUGUACCUGGACCUUCCGUUAUUUACAAUGACCGAUGAAUGAAUGAAACUUGGAUCAAAUUUGCAGUGCUCGUAUUCUCUUGAGCAUUUUGCCAACCCAAUAAUUGGAAAUUCAUACGGAGAAAUUCAUUCGUACGGGGCGGACAAAAAAAGUUACAGUUAAUGUAACUUUUUUUUAAUAUCGAUUUUCACAUAUGAUUUACCUAACCAAUAGUUUAGAAUUGUAGAUACUGCUAGUCUAUAAUAUAAAUCUUACAAAAACAUGCUAAAAUAUUCAAGUAUUCACUUAGAAUGUACAACCAAUAACAAAAGUAUAAUAAAAGGCAUUUAAAUAUAACAAACUCGAUUCGUAUUUCUUUGUACAAGAGAAUAAUAAGUAUAAAAUUACCUCGAGAACUUUUGUGCCCAGUUGCGAAGGUC